AUGAAAAAAUACAUUGAUGAAAGUAACAGUAAAAUUAGUUCAAAUGAUCCUAAAAAGAAAAAAACUAAAACUCCUAAGAACAAAAAGAAUUCAGCCACCACCUUCAAUCUUCAAAUAAAUGAUAAACAAAAGCCUGGUCCAUCCAAACAAAACAUUGAACUUUCUGAAAAAUCAGACCUCUCUGAUAGUGAAAAUGAAUCAGAAAUACCUGAUGAAGAUAAGUGUUGCCAAUGUCAUCAAUAUUAUGUAGACAAGCAUUCCCAUGGUGCAAUAGAAUUCACCCACUGGGCACAGUGUGAUAAGCUACUUGUUCCCAUUGGGUUCACCUUAAAUACUGCUCUCCAGUCCGUGUUUGACAUAGAUUCUAAUGGAAGUGCUGACAGUGGUAUAGAAGAGUGUGCUAUGGAGGUCAGCAUCAGUGAACCUACAACAACUGAGACAUUUGAUGGAUCAUCUGACAUUGAUGAUAUUCUACUUAAAUCUGAGAUGUUACUGAGAUCACUACGAGGAGAAUUAUUUAGUACAGAUUCCGCUGCUGAUGACUCAUUACAGGCUGACAAGACAACGACUAAUGAAGUUUCUGAUAAGCCAAAUGAGGCAGGAGUUAGUAAUGAGAAACAGACUAAAGACGAUACUGUGAAAGAAGACAGUGGGACAGGUUCAGAAGCAAGUCAUGGCAAAAAAGCUACUGAUGAUAGUGAUGUUGUAAGUCAGAGAAAUCUUGCUGAUAGUAAUGAAAAAAAGGUGGUAGACAAAAUGAAAUAAAAU